ACACACACACACACACACACACACACACACACACCCUCCCACCCCACUCUCUCUCUCUCUCUCCCACUCUCACUCCAACCCUAUCCUUUUUUCAGCUCCUUCCCUCUUUUCCACACACGCACAUAUACAGUUUGCGCACACGCACGCACCUACGUACGCGCACAGGCUGGAGUUACAGUAACCCACACACAACACACAAACACACAUAAACACACACACACACUUCCCAGACCUGAGGUUAGAUCGGACAGAUAUGUAUUCUCCGCUAUGUCUGACACAGGAUGAAUUCCAUCCUUUCAUCGAAGCCCUGCUGCCCCAUGUCCGGGCCUUCGCCUACACAUGGUUCAACCUGCAGGCCCGCAAGAGGAAGUACUUCAAGAAGCACGAGAAGCGCAUGUCCAAGGAGGAGGAGCGCGCCGUGAAGGAUGAGCUGCUCAGUGAGAAGCCCGAGGUCAAACAGAAGUGGGCGUCCCGCCUGCUGGCCAAACUGCGCAAGGACAUCCGGCCAGAGUGCAGGGAGGAGUUUGUGCUGACGGUGACGGGGAAGAAGCCGCCGGGCUGCGUGCUGUCCAACCCCGACCAGAAGGGCAAGAUGAGGAGGAUCGACUGCCUGCGCCAGGCGGACAAAGUCUGGAGGCUGGACCUGGUCAUGGUGAUUUUAUUCAAAGGGAUUCCCCUCGAAAGUACUGACGGCGAGAGGCUGGUGAAGUCUCCUCAGUGCACCAGCCCCAGCCUGUGUGUGCAGCCGCAUCACAUUGGAGUUUCAGUGAAGGAGCUGGAUCUGUACCUGGCCUACUUCGUCCACACAGAAGGCAGCCAAUCAGAGAGCCCCAACCAGGCCAGUGAGUCAGAUAUCAAGGACCAGCCGGAGAACGGUCACCUGGGCUUCCAGGACAGCUUUGUGACACCCGGGGUCUUCACGGUGGCUGAGCUAGUACGAGUCUCACAGACUCCAAUCGCAGCCAGCACUGGUCCAAACUUCUCACUGGCCGACCUGGACAGCUCCUCCUACUACAGCAUGAGUCCAGGAGCCAUGAGGAGACCCCUGCCCAGCACCUCCUCCUCCAGCUCUGCCAAGAGGAUAAAGUGUAUGGACGAGGACGUGGACAGUCCAGGAGAGGAGUCCUACUACCCCAGUCAGGGUCGCUCCCCGGGCAGCGGCAGCCAGGCCAGCAGCUGGCACGACGUGGAGCCAGCUGGAUAUAAGCUGCGUGGCUCUCUAGCUAGCUCGUUCAUCUCCCGACAAGGUAAAGACUCUGCUCACGCCUCUUCUUUCUGUUCCCGUCUCCGUGUCUGUCUCAAACCGUUACCUCCAUCACCUCCUCCUGCACCUCCUCCUGCACCUCCUCCUCUCUGACAAGGGGAUGGGUUUUGGUCUGUCCUUUUUGGUGUUGUAAAAAGUCUGGUUCACCGGUGGAUUUUCUUACAUCUUCCUCCUGCUUUCACCUCCUCCUUUGUUCUCCUUUGACUUUUUUCCCUCUCCUCCUAACCUAUUUUCUUCUCCUCUUCUUACGUAUCCUUUCUUCUCUGCUUUCUUCCACUCUUUCUUUCUCUUUCUCCCUGUCUUUAUUUUCUUGCCAUUCCUCCCCCUUCUCCCCCUUUGGUCCAAAUGUACCUGUGGUCCAUCAUCAUCCAUCAUCUGCUCCAGUCUCCACAUCACUUAUCCUGCAGCAUGUUGAUGACAUCAUCAUAUCUGUUAAGUGCUUUGUAUUUACAAGAAGGAAAAAAACACAGGAGCAACAAUGUGUGUGUGUGUGUGUGUGUGUAUUAUACCAUACAAUCAUCAGUUUUCUUUAAAGUAGAACUUGUUCCCCAGGGAACAGUACCAGAGUGUAUCUGGUACUGUUGGACAGGUGCCUGUGCAGGGAUCCUUCUAGACAGAGUGUAUUGAUGAACAGUUCUGUUCUCCGGUCCCUUUUGUUUGGAACUCUUUACUGACAAAACUCUUUAACAAACCUCCACGGGCUUCAGC